GGCCUCUUCACCCGGCCCAUGGUGGAGGAGCUGCAGAGUGCCGGCAGCCGAGGAGAGCAAGCCCGGCAACUGGUCAUCGACCUGGAGACACGAGGAAGACAGGCUUUUCCUAUAUUCCUCUCGAUCCUGCGGGACACCGGGCAGGGCGACCUUGCGGACAUGCUGAUCGAGGAGUGCGAAAGCCUGCCGGCGCCGCUGCAGCUGGUAGACCUGAGGCCCGUUGAGCUGGACUUACGUGGAGAAAAGCACAAUAAAAACGUGAACUUUCCUGAACGUUUGUCCAUCCCAGUCCAAGCGGAGAGUGAAAGACUUCGAACGCCUCCCGUGCCAGCCCAGGGUUCGGCUGUUGACAAGAGGACCCAUGAUCUGGUUUACGAGCUGAAAGCGGAUCCGUGUGGACACUGCCUGAUCCUCAACAACGUCAACUUCAGUACAGACUCAAAUCUGUCGCAUCGAGUCGGCUCCGACGUGGACUGCGAGAAGCUGGAGAAGCGCUUCAAGGCCUUGGGCUUCAACGUCCUGACUUGGCGGGAUCUCAAAGCUCAGGACAUGAUUUCAGAGCUGCAGAAGCUGGCGCAGCAGGACCACGGGGCCUUGGACUGCUGCGUCGUGGUGAUCCUUUCCCAUGGUUGUCAGACGAGCCAUAUUCAGUUUCCCGGAGGCAUUUACGGAACGGAUGGAAAAGCCAUUCCAAUAGAAAAGAUUGUGAACUAUUUCAAUGGGUCCAAUUGCCCGAGUUUGAGAGGAAAACCCAAACUGUUCUUCAUCCAGGCCUGUGGUGGAGAACAAAAAGAUCGAGGCUUUGUAGUGGACUGCGAUUCACCCAGCGACGAAGCUCCUGGAGGUUCUUUAGAAUCGGAUGCGACUCCUUUCCAGACUCCGACAGGUAACGUGGACGAGCCGGACGCUGUAGCCAGUUUGCCCACGCCCAGCGACAUCUUGGUCUGCUACUCAACUUUCCCAGGUUUUGUCUCCUGGAGGGAGGUGUCGAGGGGCUCGUGGUACGUGGAGAUGCUGGACAGCGUGCUGGAGCAAUAUGCCCAUUCUGCUGAACCCCUCUCCUUCUGUUCUCAGGUGGGAAACGCCGUCUCCACCAAGGGGAGGUACAAGCAGAUGCCGGGCUGUUUCAACUUUCUCCGUAAAAAAUUCUUUUUCAAGUGCAAAUGA